AUGAGAAAAACUAUAAUGAAAUAUUUACCAGCUUUAGCAGGUAUAAUAUUUACAGCAGGAUGGUUUUUAUGGAUAGAUGGACAUGUUUAUGAAAAUACAAAUAAUAAAAAUGCAGAUUUUGAUGGACCACAUAUUCAAUGGAUUUAUUAUUUACCAGGUAUUUUUGCAACUCUUGGUAUGGUUAUGGCAAAUAUUGUAGAUUUAUCAGCAUUAAAUUCAAAUUCACUUUUAUUUGAUGGUGGUGCCACUAAAGUUCGUGUAUGGUUAUUUAUUAGUUUUGCAAUUAGUUUUGGUUGUAUUGGUGCUGCAUUAUGGAUUAUGGUUGCUGUUUUCUUACCACCUCAUAAUACAAAUGACGCUGCUCAAUGGCCUGGUAUUGCAAUCACUUUACAAACUUCUUUAAUAUUUUUAAGUUCACUUCUUUUAGUUUUUAAGAAAGUACGUCAAGAUGAUGAAUAUGACCAAUUUUAA